GCUAUCUUUGUAACUCAUACUCUUUAAUUUCAAUACAAAACUAAAUGUCUAUAAAAAGAGAUGUACUAAAUAACAUUAUCUCACAACCAAUUUCUUUCAUAAUCUUCUUAAUUUGUUUCUUGAUAUUGCUAACGAAGUGAUGGCAAUUCAACACCUUUUAUCCAUCUUUUUUAUUUCCCUAAUAUGCAUUUCUCCUAUUGGCUAUGCCCUGAGGGUGAUACCGCUUGACGAAAUACUGUCACCAUUCGAUUUCAUCAAACCACUACAAGGUUCCGUUAAGGGUGACAGAGCCUUAGGGAUCAGUGGAAUAAAAAACUACCUCCAAAAUUUUGGUUAUCUCGAUAACCUAAAUAACACCCAAGUCAAUAACCUAUUUGACGAUGCCCUUGAGUCCGCCAUCAAAACCUACCAACAAAAUUUCAAUAUUAACCCCACCGGCAAACUAGACGCUACAACUGUAUCGACAAUGAUCAUCCCUCGAUGUGGGGUCCCCGACAUCAUCAACGGUGAAAACACGAUGGGCCCGAGCACCAACCAGUAUGGACAUAUCCAUACAGUAUCCCACUACACUUUCUUUUCAGGAAACCCUAAAUGGCCGCCUUCCAAAUAUAACCUAACCUACGGAUUUUUGUCCAACGUACCCGCUAACGCAGUCGCCCCUGCAGAGCGGGCCUUUCAAAACUGGGACAACGCCACCCACUUCACUUUCAAACGGGCUUCCAGCGGUCAAACCCCUGAUCUGACCAUAGGGUUUCUACGUGGGAACCACGGAGAUGGGGCCUCGUUCGACGGCCCGGGCGGCACCCUAGCCCAUGCGUUCGCUCCAACCAAUGGGAGGCUUCAUUACGAUGCGGACGAGAGGUGGUCCGUCGACCCCGUCGCAAAUACUUUCCACUUGGAAACUGUGGCACUACAUGAAAUUGGGCACCUCCUUGGGCUUGGGCAUAGCUCCAUACAGGCUGCGAUUAUGUACCCUUCAGUCUCAGCAGGACAGGCUAAGAUCAAGUUGAAUACAGAUGAUAUUCAAGGAAUUAAGGCUUUAUAUAAUAUGUGAAAUAUUCAACAUUCCCGAUUGAAUUAGAAUACCUAUUAUCUAAUACAUGCAUGCAUUCAUGUGAAAUAAACGUCCAUUAUAUGGACUAGUUAUUAGUAUGUACAAAGGACGGAUUUCCCUUUGCAAGAAUCAAUAAAAUAAAUUACUUUUUAUGAUCA